CAGUCCAUGGGGUCGCAGAGUUGGAUACGACUUAAGCAACUGAACAAUAACACAUCACAUAGUGUUUUGUAUCUGCCCUCCUCCAUGUCUAGGCGAGUCCUCGUAGAUUCCUGGCACUUGUAUUGUGGGGUCGUCUUAAGGCUAGCUCUGAAAUUACCCAAACUGCUUUCCAAAGUGGCCCUGCGGAUCCCGCUCUUCAGUGGUAGGAAGAAGGCUGAAGGGGCAGGACAGAGGCAGGCAGGGGUGGGGUGGGGACGAGGUAAGGGGUAAAGAGGGCUGGCUAGGCAGAGGCUGGACUGGACAGGAAGGGGCCGGGCGGGGGUCUGCAGGCGUAGGUUUGAAGGGGAGAGUCGCCGGCCGGUCAGGAGGAGCACCCUCCUGCGUGGCGCGGGGCUGAUCGGUCGAGGGACGUCUCCCGGUGCCCGGGUGCCGGCCCCCGCGUCUGCGGCCUGGUGCGCGCGGCCGGGCCCGGGAGCCCGCAGCGGCUUGGCCCGAGAGGGCUCGAGGAGGCCGAGGAUCGCUCCCGGGGUUGUUGACGCCCGGCAGCGCUGCCCUCCUAGCCGCCGGCGGUUGCCCUGCCGCCUUUUGCAGCAACCGGAGGUGCGGAGCUGAUUGGUGGGAUCCGGACAAGGCGUGUCGGGGUUGCAGAGAUUGAGUCGCCCCCCGGAGCUCUCAACGCCGAUUGGUGCUCGACGCACCGGAAGUGCCUCCGCACGGGUCGGCACAGACAGCACCCAAUGCCGGGGGCGCCGCUCAUUGGGGGAGCUGGAGGCGUGUCCCAGCUUGCGCGGUGACUGGGCGCAGGCCCAGCGGGGGCGGGACAUGCGCGGCGAUUGGGCGCGGGGACCCCGCGCUCGCGGGGAUUGGACGCGCGGAGGCGGUGGCGCGCGGUCCGGGAGAGGCCAGUGGGAGCUCCAUGGGGAGGCGGCGGCGGCGCCGGCCCGACCCGGCGGACGCGGCCCGGGCUCUGCCCGAGGCCAUCGCUGCGUUGAGCCGGACGCUGCCCGCCGCGCCCAGCCCCGAGACCUUCCGCCGUGCCAAGUUCGACCAUCCGGAGGCGGCCCCCGCGCUCUGGCGGCUGCUCUUUCGUGUGCUCUCGCCGCUGCCCGCCGACGGCGCCUCGGCCUCGCUCGCCCUGGAGGCUCAAGCCCGCUGGGUGAAGUCGGCGCUGCGCUCCCAGGGCUACCCGAGGCGGGCGCUGGUGCAGCUCCCGGACGACGGCUUACAGGGUGGCCGCGAGUUGCUGCUGGCCCUGGCCUGGCUCCUGGCCCGCGGGCCCCUGCCCGAGCGGCUGCUGACCCAGAGCCAUGUGCGGCUGGGCGACGAGAUACCCGUGUGUGAGAUCCACUCAUACACCCGUGGCUGCCACAGUGACCGCAGCCUUGGCCACCUGUCUGUCACCGAAACGGAGCUGCUCAGAGACCCUGAGGGCGGCCGGCAGCUGUUGCGGCGGCUGGAGAUGGAGAACGCGCAGCUGGAGGCGGCCCUGGAGUGGCGGCGCCGGGAGCUCAUCUUCUGGCAGUGGAUGGACACAGUCCUGGAUGCCUGCUCCCCGGAGGCCUCACCGCACACGUUUCUGCCCAGGAUCCCCGAGCUGGGGGCUGGAGCAGCGCGGCUGCUGGCGCAGGAGCUGCAGACCUUGCAGGAGGAACUGCGGGAGGCGGCAGAGGCCCGGCGGGCCGCCUGGCAGGCUGCGGUCGGAGGCCACGGGCCCGAGUGGAGAGCCGCGAGGCAGGCCCUGCAGACGGCCGUGGCGCAGCACCUGGCAGCCCUGCAGCGGGCCUGGGAGCAGGACGAGGGCCGGGCCCGGCCCCACGGGCCCCGCCGGCUGGUGAGGACCGAGGCCAGGGAGCCUGGCGGCCUGGGCCUGUGGGCCACCGAGGCGACAGAGGCGCUUAGGGCCCGGGAGGCCUGCCUGGAGGCGGCGCUGUGCCAGCUGCAGGGCCAGUGUCGGCAGGAGCUGGCCAGGCUGGCAGGAGCGCGGCCUGGCCUCAUCUGGGUCCCGCCGCCCGCACGCUGAGCGCUGCAGGCGCCCCCGCGUCCGGACGGCCUCGGAAGGGCAGGGUCCAUCCCCAGCGGUGCAGGCUCUGGGCCCUGGGGCCCCACCUCGGGCAGAGCGCGCCUGCGCCCUGCGGGCCUGGAGCAGGCACGGGCUCUGCCCCUGAGGAGGUCGUGGCAGCCCACCGUGGUGCCAUGGGUGUCAGGCCUUGCUGAGCACUCUGAGGAACGCUGUGGAGGCCUGCUGGCAGAGCCGAGGCUCCAGCUGGCCUCUCUGGGGAGAUGGGCGCCCCUCAGGCCCAGGGAGGGCCCCUGGGCAGGGUGGUGAGGUGGGGCCGGCCCGGGGCUGCCCGGGUGCUGGACAGACGGGCAGGGCCUGCAGCACGGGGCGGGUGUUGGGCAGUGUGCCCUGCGUGCCUCUGCACACCCCACUUGGGCCAGCCUGUGCCUGGGACGUGUGUGGUUACGCGUGAGUGUCAGAUCAGGAUGCCCGAUGGGAGCCCUGGGUGGGGGGCUCUGCUCUGUCCUUGGGGGUGGUGCCCAGGGGCCUGGGAGGGAGGCCACUGCAGACAGAGCAGCUUUGUUUCCAAGGCCGUGCAGGAGCGGGGCCUGCCUGACAAAGAGCUGUCUGUCCGGGGAUGUCCCGCCAGAGCCAGCCUGUCCCCGUCCUGGGAGCUUGGUUUCUCGUGCUCACGCCCCACCCCCUGUGGGCACAGAUGGGGUCUGGCCUCCUGGGCCAGGCUGCCCUCUUCCCCAGGUCCCCAGGCCCCCCCAGGGUAUGUUCUCAUUGCUACUUUGCCAUCUGCCUGGGGAACGCUGGCCCAUGCCUGGGGGCACCAGCUGGUCCAGGCCUUUGUCCCAGGUGGGGGCAUGCCUAUGGCGCCUCUGCACUGGCCUGUGGAGCAUUGGCCAGAGCCGGCAGCGGUGAGUGGACGCCCCUCUGAGGACUCCCUGUCUGACCCUAUCCCGUGGCCGGCCUCUGGGUUCCCUGCACCCCCUCCCUGGCUGGAGUCCUCCCACCAAGGCUGUGGCUCCUUGCUGCCUGCAGUUGGGGUCCAGGCACCUGACCCAGGCCCUCCGCCUUGGGUGUUGAGGCCACUUCUCAUCUCCCUGCCACCACCCUCCUGCCUGCCGGACGGGAACAAGUCCACGGAAGGACGCCCUGCCUCCUGUGGACUCCCCGGGGCCGUGAUGGCCACGGCCUUUGGGAGCCCGAGCUUUAAAAACACAAGUGGGAACUCAGUGCCUCGGGGCUGUUGCUCCUCCUCUGACCCGGGGGCCCAGUACAGUUCAGCCAGAACCCCCAUGUGUCCGUGUGUCUGUGGGACUUGGGGUGCUGAUCCUGAAACACGAGGUGGCCCAGCUUGAGAGGCCAGGCUGGUGGGCGGAGGGUGCCCCUGUGGUGACCCUGAGACAGGCGCUUGCCCAGGUUGUGGGGUGCAGGCUGGGCCCCUGGGGUCGGGCUCCUUCUGCUGUCGUAAUAAAUGAGCCUGGUCACAAUCCGGCCA